AUGAAAAAUUGUGAAUUGCGAGACAUUAAUUCAAAGUACCCUAAACCGGUAGAUGUUAACAAAUCCCUGUACCCCUCUGGGGAAUUAGAAGAGUUGAAGCAAAGUUACCCGGAGGAGGGGGUAAUACAUAUGCGUCCCCUCAUUAAAACUGAAACCACUGGCCAGGGGGCAGAUCGGCAAAUUACCACACGAAUUACCCCGUACACCGGGGAAGCACUGGCCAGAAUUCAGGAAAAAUACAGUCGUAAGGCCAGUGAAUCAGAGACUGAAUAUGUGUGGAGAGUGUCCCUUACAGGAGGGGAUUGGAUUUUGUUUUGAAGUGAAAAUGAGGCCAGAGGAUUUUGGGGCCCAGGGGUCUUCCUGACCACAAAUGAUGACCGAGCCCCAUGGCCGCUGACCCAGAGAGCUGCCUACUGGGCAGGUGGGUUAGACCCUAUCGAAAGGGGAGAUCCUCACACAAUUAAAACCCCCAAAAUUGGCCACAUUGUUGAAAGCGUACAAAAAGCUGCAUGGCUCCAAUUAAUCCAUACAAGAUUGUUGGACUCGCAGCGGCAUUCCCCUAUGGAACUCGAAGCAGAUCCACAACGACUUCCCGCCCUGAUCAGAGGCCUGCCUGAUGCACUAAAAACUCAUGCUAAACAACUACAAGAGCGCAUAAUGACAACCCUCAGGCCCAGAAGAAGGGGUGCUCCACUGGGGAUGACCUGGUUAGAGGUAGCCCAAAAACUGGUAACUACUGGUCGACAGUUGGGGGUCUCUGAUACAAGUAGUGUUAAGCAAAAAACAGAUAUAAGAAGGGUAGGAGAGAUCCGAAAACCACCUUUGCCAGGUAAUUGUCAGCAAAAUGCGACACCUAGUGAGCAAACAAGGUACAGUUUGUGGGUGGAGGGUAUUGCAAAAGGAAUUCCUCGAGAAGUGAUGGAUAAACUACCCACAGCUAAUUUGGAACACUUGAUAAAGCAGUGGGAUAAGAUCAGAGAGCAUGAGUCACCCCCUGGGGGCAACCCUCCCCAGGAAUCCAACACUGUGGUUCCCUCAGCCCCACCAGAAAUCAGUUUAACCGAUCCCAAGUUGGGAAACGGGACUCGCCGCUCCCAGUGA